UUUCGCGACGCAGCGCUUCCUACACCAGUCGAGCUCCUACCCCGCGCUUCCGACCGAGCUCGUCUGCACAUCGAGGAAUGGGACCGUUGGGCUCAGCCUGGAGACGCCGGGGAAGUGGCAGUCGACUCCCAGGCAGUUUCUGACGAGGAGCUCUCGAGUGCAUACUGCGAGUCUUUCGACACCUGGUUCCAGGAUCGGGGAUGCAGUGGCACGGCUGCCGAGUAUACCAACGGCUCGGAGGAUCACGCUCACGGCUGCUCGGAGGGCAGCGUCGGCAGUUGGAACCUCCUGUCUUCCAAGGGCGGCGAGGUCAAGCUGGGCUACCUGAGUCCUGAGGGGCGCGAGCAGCUCCGGGCGCCCGACGAGGCCGAAUGGGCAGCGCUGAACCGCCAGGAGGGCACUUUCAGUGCCAAGAAGGCCAAGAGUCGCUGGUGUGCACGCGGGUUCCGAGACCCAGACGCCGAGAAGCUGAUCACUUAUUCGCCGACCCCACAGUCGGAGUCCACGCGGAUCUUCGCCAUGGUUUUGUUGUCCUGCGACAUGGACCAGGCCGUCGUGGACUGGAAGAAUGCGUUCAGUCAGUUCCGCCCACUGAAGCGUUCGGGUGGGCCGAUCUACGCUGCCCCCUGCGAGGGUCUCGCUGGAGUGCAUGUUCUGGAGGGCUGCCUCAUCGAGCUCAUGGUGGCGUUGUGCGGACUGGGCGACGCUCCGUGGGAAUGGCACGUCACUAGUACUUCCUUUCUUUCAGAUCUGGAUGUCCGCAAGCUGUUGUUGGAACCUUGCUAUUGGACGAAGCGUGAAAAGGAUCAACUCGUGGCGCAGGUGCUGAUCGAGGUCGACGAUCUGCGGCUCGGCUCCGUGCCCGGUCGCGCGAAGCGGUUGCGCGAGAGCCCCCAGGGGCGCUUCAUUUUUGGGAAGUGGUGCGGGGAUGAGGCCGAGUUCGCUGGCAGGCGACAGCGCCUCUCGACCGCGGAGUCUCGACCAGAGAUAUCAGGGACCGUUUCCAUAUUGGCAAGCAGUCUGAAUCAUGCUACCAUUGACGAUGUCUUCAUGCACAACAAGGCGGCGCAGCUCAUGCGAGACAUGGCAGCCCAGUACAUCGCGAUUUGGAUGCGCGGCCUGAGUCAAGUAGUGGCCAUGACUGCGUGCAAUGCCGCUAGCGUAGGGUCUGAAGGUCCUGCGCAGAACGCCUGGCUCGCUGGGACUGCAGACCCUCAGCUCGACACCG